AUGAACACCACCAAACCAGUCGACGCAGCCUUCACCAAAUCCCUCCCCAAGAUCGAGCUCCACGCCCACCUAAGCGGCAGCGUAAGCCGCCAAUGUCUGCACGAACUAUGGCUCCAGAAGCGCGCCGCAGACCCAACGUUUGACAUCCCAGAUCCCUGGGUCGUGAUGCCCCCGGGCAAGGUGGACUACACACUUGAUACAUUCUUCAACACCUUCGGCACAUUCACCUACCACCUCCUCACCGACGUAUCCUCCAUAACCUACGCCACAACCUCCGUGCUGACCAACUUCCACGCCGACGGCAUCAAAUACCUCGAACUGCGCACCAUCCCCCGUCCCAGCCCGCACUUCACCCAAGAAACCUACAUAGCAACCAUCCUGUCCACCAUAACCGCCUUCGCGGAACACCACCCGGACCUAACAGCCCGACUCAUCCUCUCCCUCAACCGCGGCGAGCACACCCCGGCUGACGCCGACGCCAUCGUCGCCCUAGCCAUUGCGCACAAGCCGCUCGUCGUGGGGGUCGACAUCGCCGGGAACCCGAGCAAGGGCGAUAUGGCGACGUUCGGACCCGCGCUGGCGAAGGCCAAAGCGGCCGGGUUGGGCGUCACGGUGCAUUUUGCGGAGGUGAAGACGCUGGCGACGGAGGGCGAGCUGGAGACGAUCCUGGCGUUUGCGCCGGAUCGGUUGGGGCAUGCUAUCCAUGUACCGGCGGAGCUGAGGGCGGAGAUUACGGAUGACGUGGGCUUCUUUUGUAGUCCUGUGUCGAAUGAGUAUCUGCUUGCCGCGGAGCAUUUCAAUCUCACUCGUGUGGAUGUUAUGGCUAUAGCUCGAAGGGCGGUUAGAGUGAUCUUUGGAGGCGAGGACGAGAAGAAGCGGCUUUAUAGACUGUUAGAUGAGUUUGAGGCCAGUUAUAGAGAGUGA